AUGCAUCAGCAAUCCAGCGAACCAGUCUCUCGAUUAUCCGGCACAACGAAUGUCCCGAUAAAACGUCGAAAAUACAAAUCAAGCAAAGGCUUAGUCGACAAAUCACAAAUGUUAGCGGCAAAUAAUGCUUUGAUUUAUUUUAAACGCUGCGAACAGAUAGGUUAUGAUCGGAUUAGAGAGAUUGCCGAUGAUGGAAUUGAAAUAGUGAAACAGUAUUUAGAUAACUUCAUAAGUUCAUUAGAACAGAAAAUCAACGACGUUUUUGACCGUGCGACUCAGAUUGAAAAUUAUCGAUGUGAAAAUUCUUCGAAAUAUUCACAAAACAUCGAAAUCCACUUACAAGCGCUCGAUUUUCUUUCGAGAUUUCCCCAAGUUUUCGAAUAUAUUGACGGUAAGGAGAAAUUAGAGCAGCAUCGGCGGCAAUAUCACGUUUAUUACGAAACGUUGAAGAGUAGAAUGGAGCAAUACAAAUACUCUGGUCAAAGUAGAGAACUACGGGACCAUUUGCUCAUUGCACAAACAUUGACUUGUAUCGAUCGAUUUUUCGAAAAAGAUUUUCCGUUGAAUGGAUAUCAAACAUUAUAUAAACGCUAUCAAUCUGAAUUAAUCAAAGAUUGCGAAGAAGCAUCAGCUACUGUUCUUCCUUGUAUAGACAAGAGUGAAUAUGACAAGGUUGAUGCACAACUAUCACUUAUGGAUGAGAAAUUCGUUAAUCCUUUACAUUUUGCGCAUAUUAAAUAUAAAGUCUUCAAUCUUCUCUACAUAACUUAA